AUGGGUUCCACCGAUCAGGGUUUCGUCCUCAUCCCAAGGGCUCCGAAGACAGACCCGCAAUCCAUAUUCCACUACACGGAUCUCCAGCGCAGCAAGCCAACGCGCGCCAACGACCCCUACGAAUACAUGCCCGGAUGGGGAAACCGUCACCAGUCUGAGGUUAUCCCGGGGACGCUGCCUGCGGGCCAGAAUAAUCCCCAGGAGACCCGGUUCGGACUCUAUACCGAGGGCAUUACAUAUUCCGCGUUUGCAGCACCAAGACAUGCGAAUAUGAGCACUUAUAUGUAUAGAGUAAGACCGGCUGCGGCACAUAACGGGUAUAAGAAGAUUGAAACCAAAGCCCACAUCGAGAACUGCUUUCUCUCCCUUAACCCUGGGGUAGAUACGUUGCCGGAACAAGCAGAAUGGACUCCAUUCCCACUCCCCAAGGACGAUGAGAAGAUUGACUUCGUCGACGGCCUGCACACGCUUGCCGGGUCCGGAGAUCCCAACUUGCGAGAGGGCAUGGCUCUCUACGUCUACAUGAUCAACACCAACAUGACGCAGCGCUCGUUCAUCAACAAUGACGGCGACUUCCUGCUCUGUGCCCAGGAGGGCAAUCUCGACAUCCAGACCGAGUUCGGGAAGCUCUUCCUGCAACCCGGCGAGAUCUUUGUGGUCCAGCGGGGCGUGAGAUUCAGCAUCAACCUCGCCGAGGGCACCAAGGCCGCUAGGGGCUAUGUCACGGAGGUGUGGGGAUCGAUGUGGGAGCUUCCCGACCUAGGGCCAAUUGGUGGCCAUGGGCUUGCAAAUCCGCGGGAUUUCUUAUUCCCUGUGGCUCAUAUUGAUGAGGAGCUGCAUGUGGAUUUCGAGAUUGUGAAUAAGACGAAUGGGAAGUAUAUUGCUAUUGUUCAGGAUCACAGCCCGUAUGAUCUGGUGGCUUGGCAUGGGAAUGUGGUUCCUUAUAAGUACGACCUCACCAAAUUCUCCUCCCAGAACAGCACCUCAAUCGACCACACCGACCCAUCCAUCAACACCGUCCUUACUGCCAAGUCGCGGGACCCCAACACUCCCCUCGCCGACUUCCUCUGGUUCGGUCCCCGUUGGGACGUGGCGACCAACACCUUCCGCCUCCCCUAUUUCCACCGCAACUCCGCAUCUGAAUUCCUCGCCUGCCUGUACGGCAACGGGCUAGGGAGAUCCGAUGACUUCAAGCCCGGCGGAGGCAGCUUCGAGGGCGGCCACACGCCGCAUGGUGGGUUCAGCGAUGGUUAUGUGAAUGAGAUGCAGAUCCAGGAGAGCCAGCCGAGGAAAAUCCUCGAAAACCAAAUGACGAUCAUGAUCGAAAGCAGCCGCACAUUCCUCUUCACGGAAUACGCACGCAGCGGCUGCGGAACACUCUCUCAAACCAGCACAGAUCCCAAAGUAUGGGACAAACUUCCAGAUAAAUUCUCCUCAUACCCAGGUAUCAAGGAGCUGCUGCAGCGCGUUAAGGACGAUAAGAAGGCGCAGCAGGAGAGAGUGGAGUAUUAUCAUGACCCGAGCAUUGGACGGAUUAACCAUCAAGCUGCUUGA